UUACUUUUUUUUUUUCGUAUUCGGUUUCACAUUGCCCAUCCGCAAAAGUCUGGAUACCUCGGCAAAAUAGAGUUGGUCCUGUAGCUCCAAGGCACAGACCAGUCCCCAGAUAAUCACCCCACCUCACCCCACCCCAAUCCCCAUCAUCAUCCUUAUCUACCUUACUUACCUUGCCUUCCUUACCUUACCUACCUUACCUACCUAUUCCUCCCUUCCCUACCUUAUAUACCUACAUACCUCCAACGAUACAUUCUUGUCCCCAAAUCAUCUAAUAAUUUCAAAAUGUCACAACCGCAAACCCUCCGCCUCGGCGUCUCGCAAUCCCACACGCUGGCCAGCACCUCGUUAACGCUGCAAGCACUGGAGCGCAGCGCGCUCGCCGCGCGCCGGCAAUCGAUCGAUCUGCUGCUAUUCCCCGAGGCGUAUCUGGGCGGGUAUCCGCGGACGGCGACGUUUGGGGCGGCGGUGGGGGGCCGGACGCCGGAGGGGCGAGAACAGUUCCUGAGGUAUUUUAAGGGGGCGGUGGAUCUGGGGGAUACGCCGGAGGGGGCGGGGAGAAGGUGGGUGGAGAGGGAGUUGGAGAGGUCUGGGGAGGGAGGAGGGGUUAGGGGAGAUGGGACGAGGGAGGAGUUGGAGAGGAUCGCGAGAGAGUCGGGGGUGUUUAUAGUGACGGGCGUGGUGGAGAGGUGUGGGGGAACGUUGUACUGUGCCGUGGUGUACGUCUGUCCGCGCUUGGGGUGCGUGGGGAAGAGGAGGAAGGUUAUGCCGACAGGCAGCGAACGACUUAUCUGGGGCCAGGGCCAGCCGUCCUCAUUGCGCGCAGUCACAACGACUAUCCGUGGUGUGAAACUCACCCUCGCGGCUGCGAUAUGCUGGGAGAAUUACAUGCCGCUCCUUCGGCAGUCACUAUACAGCCAGAACGUGAACCUCUACCUAGCGCCGACCGCCGAUGCGAGAGACACAUGGUUGCCGCUGAUGCGGACUGUGGCUUGUGAGGGCCGAUGCGUGGUGCUCAGUGCCAACCAGUGCAUGAAAAAGGCCAAUCUCCCUAGUUGGAUCACGGCCGUGGAGAGCGGUGGAGCGAUCCAAGCGAAUGGCCCCGCCCCGCGUCCAUUUGCAAGGCCGCGGAGAAAAUCAACCAUCUCGGACGAUGGGAACGAGAUCGUCCUCCCGAGCCCCAUACAAGACGCGUUCAAUGAAGAAAUAUCCCAAGGGAAGAAAGGCGCCGACGAAUACGUCUCCAGGGGGGGCUCAUGCAUUAUCUCUCCCCUGGGAGAUGUCCUCGCGGGGCCGCUGUGGGACGAGGAGAAUGGGCUGCUGACGGUUGAUGUCGAUUUCGACGACUGUCUGAGGGGCAGACUGGAUCUUGAUGUUGGGGGAAGUUAUUCGAGGAACGAUUCGUUCAAGCUGACUGUUGAUGGACUCGACCUGAGCCCCCCGCCGUGAGGGUUGAUUUUAGGGUGUAGGUGUUGGCUUUGAUCUGUCUCGCUCGCAGGCGGAAAGGGGGGGUUGUUGAAGGGCUGAUUUGGCCUAGGGCGCUUCGACCAUAGUUCGAUAGUUCUUAGGUACUCUCUCCAUAGGUACGGUAAGCGGUCUUAAUUGAAGUCAAUGAUCAUGGAUGGUUAUCAUUACCCCAAUGAGGGGUAAUGGCGAGGGCAAUGACAAUCAGCCAUUAUAUGACCGACCGUAGCCUGACUUGUAAUCGAUUACGCUGGGGGUAACUCUUAAGGAGUGUCACGUG